AUGCGUCUCGACUACGUCCCCAAUCCUCCCACCAACCUCUCCCCAGAGGAUCAAGAGGUGCUGGAGCGGGUCAAGGCACGUCGGGGUGCCAUGGGCCUGAUCUCGCUGGAUUUAACGCUUCUGCACGCUCCCAAGAUCGCAGAUGGUUGGAAUGCCCUCCUCGGUGCCGUGCGGACAAAGAACUCCCUGCCAGACGAUAUCCGCGAGAUCGCCAUCUGCCGUCCGGCCCUGAUCAACCGCGCCUGGUUUGAAUGGAACGCUCACGCCCCGAUCCUUUUGAACACGGCUGGCUUUACGGAAGAGAAACUGUCGGUGGUGAAACAGCUGCACCCGACCUCCAAGGGGGCGCUCGACGACCGCCAAUGGGCUGUGCUGAGAUAUGCUGAUGCAAUGACGCGAGAGGUGUCCGUGCCUCAGGGCCUGUUCGACGAAGUCAAGGCGGCCGGUUUCAGUAACCAGGAGAUUGUGGAAAUCACGGCCACGGUCGCGAGCUACAACAUGGUCAGCCGGUUUUUGGUCGCGCUGGAUAUUGGAGAGGCCAAUGACAAGGCGCCAGAAUGGGCCAAAUAG